AUUAUUACCGGCUGUUUUCUAUUUUGUCGUUCCCGGCAAAUUUGGCUGAAUUUUGGCGGCGACGAUUCGAACUUUGCCAAACGAUGCAAGCAACGGCGAAUCUUCCGGCGAUAUGGAACCUAUCGCUGUGCGGGUCAUCCUCUAAAGUCCAUACAGUGAACCCUAAGCAUCGAAAGUCUCACGCGCUUCACUGUUUGAGAUCAGAAGGGCAUGAAGAGUUUGAUAAGUCUCAGUCUCAGUUUCAUGUUCUGAAAGUUACUCACCCGAUUGUAUUGUAUCGUCUUUGUUGUUUAGAUAUCCUUAUUUUAAACAAGCAACGCCUAGCUGCAGUUGAGGAGUUAGAGAAGCUAAAGAAUGAGAAAGAUGAAUUACUAGAGAGGAUUAACCAAUUGGAGGCAGAAAGUCAGAUUGUAAUUAAGAAAGAUAAGUCGUCACUAUUCUGGCAGUUGCUUCUCCGUAUUGAUUCUAUGGUGAUCAAUGGAUUAAUCAACAGUGAAGAAGCUUCAUCCAUGAGACAACUGUAUAAGGAGCAUGAAGCAAACAUCUCUGAGUUUCCUCUCGAUGUCCUGCAACAAGGAGAUGCUGAAAUUCUAGCAGAACUCAGACGGUUCACAAAUAAAGGCAAAAGGAAUGGUCUCCAUGUGAUUCAUAUUUGCACCGAAAUGGCUCCAUUAGUUUCUGUUGGGCCUUUGGCUUCAUAUAUAACAGGAUUGUCUUCUGCACUCCAAGGAGAGGGCUACAUGGUUGAAGUUAUAUUGCCAAAAUAUUCGACACUUGAUUUGGAUGAAAUUGAAGGGCUUCGGGAAAUCGAAGCUGAUGCAUAUUCUUAUUUCAAUGGUCAGCUGCAUGCAAACCGAAUAUGGAAUGGAGUUGUCUCUGGAAUAGGAGUGACACUUAUUCAACCAGUGUAUUACUCGUCAAUGUUUAGCCGUGAUAAAGUAUACGGCUAUCAGGACGAUUUUGAUAGAUUUGCCUACUUCUCUCGUGCUUCAUUGGAUUACAUUGCAAAAUCUGGAAAGCAGCCUGAUGUUUUACACAUUCACAACUGGCAAACUGCAAUAGUUGGACCAUUGUUUUGGGAUGUUUUUGUUAAUCAGGGACUUGAAGGUACUAGAAUACUCUUGACAUGCCAAGACUUUGACAAGGGUCUUGUACCUCCUGAAAAAUUGGAGCUAUGUGGGCUCGAUCCAGCUGAGCUUCACCGUCUUGAUCGCUUACAAGAUAACAUUAAUCCACAUUUUGUUAACAUUUUGAAGGGUGGUGUGGUCUACUCCAACAAAGUCGUAAUAAUGUCAUCCUCACAUAGCUCAAUCCCUGGUCUCGAACCAACUUUAGCUAUCCACAAGGACAAGUUGUUUUUUGCUCCCUUUGGAGUGGACAACUCAAUGGAGAAAGACUUUUGUUCGAAAGAGAUAAUGACGAAAGUUGGCCAGAGAGAUUCUCCGGCUAAAGAAGAACCUUCGACGACGACGCCGCCGGCGACUAAAAAACGAUUUUUGACUCCGGGAAGAUUCGUUACAAUCCUGUGUAUCAUUAACUUGAUAAAUUACGUUGAUCGAGGAGUGAUCGCGAGUAAUGGUGUUAAUGGAAGCUCAAAAACAUGCGAUGCCAAAGGGGUUUGCUCUGCAGGAACUGGAAUUCAGGGAGAGUUUAACUUAACUAACUUUGAAGAUGGUCUUUUGUCGUCUGCGUUUAUGGUUGGACUUCUUGUGGCUUCUCCAAUAUUCGCUGGAUUGUCCAAAAGAAUCAAUCCUUUUAAGCUAAUAGGUGUUGGAUUAACCGUUUGGACUAUCGCUGCUCUUGGUUGCGGGUUUUCCUACAACUUCUGGAUGAUUGCUGUUUUUCGAAUGUUUGUUGGGGUUGGUGAGGCUUCCUUUAUUAGUCUUGCAGCACCAUAUAUCGAUGAUAGUGCUCCUGUUGCAAGGAAAAAUUUCUGGCUUGGACUGUUCUACAUGUGUAUACCAGCAGGAGUUGCUCUAGGCUAUGUGUUUGGUGGAUUCAUUGGAAACCAUUUAGGAUGGCGUUGGGCGUUUUACAUAGAGGCAAUCGCAAUGGCUGUCUUCGUCGUUUUGUCCUUCUGUAUCAAACCACCGCAGCAGCUUAAAGGUUUUGCUGAUAAAGAUUCGAAGAAACCCUCUACAUCUAGUGAAACGGUCGCUCCUACAGAUGCAGAAGCUUCACAAAUUAAAACCAAAGCCCCCAAAUCCAAGAACCUGGUUGUCCUAUUCGGAAAAGACUUAAAGGCUCUUUUCAGCGAGAAAGUAUUUAUCGUAAAUGUUCUUGGUUACAUCACCUACAACUUUGUGAUUGGAGCUUACUCAUAUUGGGGACCAAAAGCCGGUUUUGGUAUCUACAAAAUGAAAAAUGCAGACAUGAUUUUUGGAGGACUUACAAUCAUCUGCGGAAUAAUCGGAACAUUAGGUGGAAGCUAUUUACUAGCUGCAUCAACUUUACUCGGCGCAGCCUUUUGUUUCACUGCUUUCUUGAUGAAGAAUAUGUAUGCCUUCAUCGGUUUAUUCGCAGUGGGAGAAAUUCUAAUCUUUGCACCACAGGCUCCAGUUAACUUUGUGUGUCUCCAUUGCGUUAGACCAAACUUGAGACCAUUAUCAAUGGCUUCUUCAACUGUUUUGAUCCAUAUCUUAGGCGAUGUUCCUUCUUCUCCACUUUACGGGAAAAUGCAGGAUCAUCUCAAAAAUUGGAGAACAUCAACUCUUAUCAUUACUUCAAUCCUCUUCGUCGCAGCUAUUAUAUGGGGAAUUGGUAUAUUUAUGAAUAGUGUGGAUCGGUCUAAUGAAGUAAGUGAAGAUGAUGAGGUCGAAGAAGAGAAAUUGGAAAGCAAAGCAGAGAACUCUACUCUCGUCUAAUUUUUGAAGACAAUCAUUUUUCUUCUACACGACCAAAUAAUUCUUAGUCCUUCCAUUGUUUAAUUGAACAACAACAAUUCAUUUGAUUCAUUUUCUUUUCCUUAGAUUAUCUCAGUUCCUUUUGUGUACAUAAACCUAAUUUUUUGGA